GUCCACGGCUGAAUUCCGUGUUGCCAGAGCGACAGGACCUGACCUCACACUGGCAGCUCCAGUCAGGCCCCAGAGGUUCUGCAAGGAGCAGAGCUUCCUAGUUCCUGGAGUAAAUAGAGGGCGGAGAGGCGGGGCUGCAGCUAAGCGUUUCCUUCCGUUCACAUGACAGCCAAUUUUAGAACGAUGGGCAAGAUUCAAAGCUCUUUCACUUUUUUGUUUUUGUUUUUAAUGGAAUGCCCCCUACAUGUAUGCUUGUCUUAUGCCAAUGGGUUCCAAUCAGUUGAAAAAACAACAGAAUUACCAGGCCAAAACCCACCACAAACACCCAUCCCUGUCAACAAACAAUCCAAACUGAACUAUGGAAUAAUCCGAACGCCUAGGACUCUCCCAAGACCCACAGUUUCAGGUCUAGCAAAGAAGACUGAUACACCAGAGCCUACAAAGAACAACUAUGGUUUUAUGGCACAUUCUUUAGCCCUAAGAAGUGACACUUGGAAUACAGCAAUAAUUCCACAUAGACCUGCUCUUGUUCAAGUCAUUUUAAUUGCAUGUAUAGCCUUCGGCAUUGCUGUGACGUGUGGGAUUGCAAUCUCCUAUGUGAUAUAUAGACUAGUCAAAGCCGAGGAAAGCCAGCAACUCGCGCUGCUUUAUGAAAACGUCAAGAUCUCGUUCUUAGAGGAAGAGGAGGGCUCUGAGGACGACGCCCGCCAGGAUGAGUCCACUCACCUGCUUCCAGAGAAUGAGAAGGAACUGGGGAAGUUCAUUCAUUCAGUUAUUAGAGCAAAACGAAAGGAAAAUUUUGAAAAGAAGAAAUUGAGAGAAGAGCAAAAGGUAGUAAAAGACAAUAUAACAAGGAAGGCUAUGCAGAAUUCACAAAUUGGAAAUUUCUGAAAGGAAACGAAAGAGCUGCAGGAGGUGCUAGCCGACGCAGAGAAGGCACAGGGAUGACAAGCGACGGCGAACCUGAGCGUGACUGCUCCCAGGAACUUUGUAGAGCAGCGCUCUAAAGAAAGGAUGCUGGACAUAUUCAAUAGAAUAAAUUCAUGUGACACAGGAAUUCUUGUUUCUUAGCUCUUGCAAAUCAUGAAUAAUUAUGACUUAAUUGGAAAAUAAGAAAAAAAUUUAAGUGUGAAAGAAAAAUUGUCAAGAUUCCCCCCCCCCUUUAAAGAUUUUAUUUAUUGGGGCUGGUGCUGUGGUGCAGCAGGUUAACAUCCUGGCCUGCAGCACCAGCAUCCCAUAUGGACGCUUGUUCUAGUCCUGGCUGCUCCACUUCCAGUUCAGCUCUCUGCUGUGGCCUGGGAAAGCAGUAGAAGAUGACCCAAGUGCUUGGGCCCCUGCACCCAUGUGGGAGACCCAAAAGAAGCUCCUGGCUCCUGGCUUCUGAUCGGUGCAGCUGCAGCCGUUGCGGCCAAUCGGGGAGUGAACCAUCAGAUGGAAGACCUCUCUCUCUCUCUCUCUCUCUCUCUCUCUCUUUCUCUCUCUUUCUGCCUCUCCUCUCUCUGUGUAACUCUGAUUUUCAAAUAAAUAAAUAAAUCUUUAAAAGAAAAAACACUCAAGACUUAAAAAAAGAUUUUAUUUAUUUAUUUAUUUGAAAGGCAGAGUUACAAACAGAGGGAGAGACAGAUAGAUCUUCCAUCUGCUUGUUCAUUCCACAGAUGGCCACAAUAGCCAGAACUGGGCCAAGCUGAAGCCAGGAGCUAGGAGCUUCUUCUGGGUCACCCAUGCGGGUGCAGGGGCCCAAGCCCUGGGGCCAUCUUCCACUGCUUUCACAGGCCAAGAGCAGAGAGCUGGAUUGGAAAUGAAGCAGCCAGGACUCGAACCAGCAUCCAUAUGGAAUGCUGGCGCCACAGGUGGAGGCUUAACCUACUAUACCACAGCACUGCCAAGACUUCAUUUCUUGCUCAUGACUGGAAAUACACACAAUUUCUUUGGACAAUCCCCUAGAACAUGCUAGGGAAUCACUUUCAUUAAAGAAAACUUUCCCAGUGAUAUUGCCUAUCAACUCCAGUAGUUUGUCUCCACUUUCACAUAAGGAAACUGAAGAAGUCACAACAAACAUGACGUCAGAUUGAGACACUCAUCCCUGUGAGGCUCCCGCUCUGUUGAGAAGAGCAGGCUGGCAGGCAGGGGACAGUGAAUUAACCAAGGACAGUGAGUGCCAAAAGCUGAGAACGGCCAAGGGCUCUGAGAAUGCAGAACAAGAUUUAGUAUAAGUGGGACCAUUGCUAUGGAAAAGAGUCUGAUUGCUUCUCAGAAAGCUACACAUGAAGUUACUACAUGGCCCAGCCAUUCUACUCCUAGGUAUAUUUCAAGAGAAUUGAAAACACAUAUCCAUAAAAAAACUGCACACAAAUGUUCAUAGCAGCAGUAUCCAUAAGACUUGAAAGGUAGAAAGCACCCACACGUGCAUCAACCGGAGUGGAUAGAUGAAAUGUAGUGUACCCGUACACUGAGAUAUUUUUCAGCACUAGAUAAAGAACGAAGUACUGAUGCAUGUUGCAACAAAAGUGGACCUUGGAGAUGUGCCAAGUGUAAGAAGCAGACACGCACUAUUUGACUCCAUUUGUGUUUUUGUGUGUGUGUGUGUGUGUUUUUUUUUUUUUUUUUUGACAGGCAGAGUGGACAGUGAGAGAGAGAGAGACAGAGAGAAAGAUCUUCCUUUGCUGUUGGUUCACCCUCCAAUGGCCGCCGCGGCCGGCGCA